CCCCCCCCCCCCCCCAUCAGCUCGGCUUAGAGGAGGCUAAAAGCCACCGGAGACCGGCAAGAUGCGUUACUCAAACAUGUGGCUCGCUUCGUCCCUCUUGUUGGGACAGGCGUCGGCAACUCUGGACCCAAUCAUCAUGAAGGGUACCAAGUUUUUCUACAAGAACGGGACACAAUUCUUCAUGAAGGGUAUCGCCUACCAGCAAGACACCGCUGCGGCGGGUGCUACGGCGACCAACACCAAGUUCGUCGACCCUCUGGCCAACGAGGCCAACUGCAAGCGUGACAUCCCAUUCCUCCAGAAGCUGAAGACGAAUACUAUCCGCACGUACGCGAUUGACCCCACGGCAAAUCACGACGCCUGCAUGGAGCUCCUGGACGCGGCGGGCAUUUACGUCAUCAGCGAUCUGAGCGAGCCGUCGCUUUCCAUCAACCGCGACGACCCCCGCUGGAACGUGGAGCUCUACCAGCGCUACACCUCAGUCGUUGACUCGCUGAGCAAGUAUAGCAACGUGAUUGGCUUCUUUGCUGGCAACGAGGUCACCAACAACGCUACCAACACGGAUGCUUCGGCCUUCGUCAAGGCUGCCGUGCGCGACACCAAGGCGUACAUCAAGAACAAUGUCAACCGAUGGAUGGGUGUCGGAUAUGCUGCCAACGACGACCCUGACAUCCGUGCCGAAAUCGCGUGGUACUUCAACUGCGGUAAUCAGACCGAGGCCAUCGACUAUUGGGGUUACAACAUCUACGAGUGGUGCGGCCAGAACACGUUCACGGGCUCCGGCUACUCGAAGCAGGUUGAAUUCUUCAGCAACUACUCUGUCCCCGUCUUCUUCGCCGAGUACGGCUGCAACGAUCUUCCCAACAAGGCCGAGAGCCGCAUCUGGGAGGAGACCUCUGCUCUGUACUCUAGCGACAUGACCGGCGUUAUCUCCGGCGGCAUUGUCUACAUGUACUUUCAGGAGACCAACAACUUUGGUCUCGUCAGCGUGUCCGGCAGCUCUGCGUCGGCCCUGAAGAACUACGCGACCCUGAGCUCCGUGAUUGCCACUGUCAGCCCGUCAUCCACCGCCAUGAGCGCCUACAACCCUACCAACACGCCGCAAGCCUGCCCGGUAAUCAGCAACGACUGGAGGGUCAAGGGUGGCGUCUUGCCCCCGACGCCCGAUUCCAAUCUCUGCGACUGCAUGUUCCAGACUCUUGCGUGCGUUCCCGCGAGCAAUCUGAAGGCCGAGUCCUACGGCGACAUCUUUGGCUUCAUCUGCGGCGCCGACCCCAAGGCAUGCGCGGGCAUCAACUCCAACACGACGACGGGUGUCUUCGGCGCAUACUCGAUGUGCAAUUCCACCCAGCAGCUUGGCUAUGUGCUUGACCAGUACUACAAUGACCAGAAGAAGGCCUCUGACGCCUGCUCCUUCCAGGGCCAGGCCGUCCUUAACAAGGCAGCCAUCACCCAGGGAGCCUGCAGUGCCAGCCUCGCCAGCGCCAGCUCAGCUAACGCCGUUGCGGCCACGGCCACGUCCGGAAAUGGAGUUGGUGGUGGUGCUGCCUCGACCUCGACUAGCAGCGUUGCCGUGCCCAUGCCGAUGAAGAACCUCUUCACCUUGGGCGACAUGGCUGUUGGUCUGUACGUGAUUGUCGCCAUGACUGUUGGCGCGGGCAUGGUUAUGUUGUAAAUGGUGGAAUUGGGGCCUUUUUCCUAUCUUAUCUACAUACAAACACUUUUUGGUCUUUGUUUCCGGGCAUUUGCCCACAGGUCAGACAGGCUAGCUUUUCAGGCUCUCUUUGCGUAGUUUAUUCCGAGGGGCAAUCUUCUUGUAUCAUACGAUAUGUCUUGUCGCCUGAUUGGGAGACUGAUGACUUUGAGAAAUCCUGGAAAAGGGGCGCUGCGUUCCUGCGCCAUGUUUUUUAAGUACUGAAAACUAAUCGAUCAUCUUCUUUUUUGACCUUUUUGGAAUCAUAUAUACAGUAAAAACGUUGUCCAACAUCUUACUUUCAAUGUGCCGCACGGAAGUUGUUCAUUAAAGGUUUGUUGUUCCCUCAACCGGGCAUCUUAACUUUUCACCCCGACUCUCCUGUUCCUUGUUCACUUAUAUACGCCACUCUUCCGCUUCUUAUUCCG